ACCGAUGCUCAGUCUACUCAGGGACGUUGACGGGCUUACAUCGUGUCUACGUUCUCUACAGCCCUUCAUAUAUGACAUUACAUACAAAACGCGAGUGAGUGUAUGUGAACUUCAUACUGUGUGCAACCCCUGUUAAAAAAUCCAAGGUCAUCAGGAGUCAGCCACCUGUUGUGUCCACCAUACGUAUGCAUGUGAAGCAGCGGCAUCGAUUUCAAGUAAAAUAGAAAUGUGUUUUAACAAAUAUUUGAUAAAGCUCGCGGACUACUUUCGAUUACAUACAUCUCGUUAAAUACACAGAGAAGUAAAAUAAAUCGAAAUGAGUUUCAAAAUCAUAAUAACAAAGAUAUUUUUAUGCGUUUGUAUAUCGGCUGUAUCGUGCCGAUCGUGGGCGAAUCACCACGACACGACCACAUCCACUACGCAAACUACGCCCACGACUAGCUCUUUACCCAAGAAUUUUCACAAUGACCCUCUCAUAGUUGAAACAAAGAGUGGUCUUGUCAAAGGCUAUGCCAAGACUGUUAUGGGCCGUGAAGUGCAUAUUUUUACCGGUAUACCGUUUGCAAAACCACCUCUGGGCCCACUGCGAUUUAGAAAACCCGUACCGAUUGAUCCUUGGCAUGGUGUCCUCGAAGCUACGACAAUGCCAAACAGUUGUUAUCAAGAAAGAUAUGAAUAUUUUCCAGGAUUUGAGGGUGAGGAAAUGUGGAAUCCUAAUACUAAUAUAUCGGAAGAUUGUCUCUACCUGAACAUUUGGGUACCGCAACAUUUAAGAGUUCGACAUCAUCAAGAUAAACCUCUUACGGAAAGGCCUAAAGUGCCUAUACUAGUAUGGAUUUACGGUGGAGGGUAUAUGAGUGGAACAGCUACACUUGACCUGUAUAAAGCAGACAUAAUGGCUUCAUCGAGUGAUGUUAUAGUAGCAUCGAUGCAAUACAGGGUCGGAGCAUUCGGCUUUUUGUAUUUAAAUAAAUAUUUUUCUCCUGGAAGUGAAGAAGCUCCCGGAAAUAUGGGUCUUUGGGAUCAGCAGUUAGCGAUUCGCUGGAUUAAAGAUAACGCCCGUGCGUUUGGCGGAGAUCCUGAAUUGAUUACCUUAUUCGGUGAGUCAGCUGGUGGAGGCAGUGUCAGCUUACACAUGUUGUCACCGGAGAUGAAAGGCUUAUUUAAGAGAGGAAUCUUACAGUCAGGAACUCUAAAUGCUCCUUGGAGUUGGAUGACGGGAGAGAGAGCACAGGAUAUCGGAAAAGUUCUGGUAGAUGAUUGUAGUUGUAAUAGUAGCCUUUUAAGCGCUGAUCCGAGUCUAGUCAUGGACUGUAUGAGAGGCGUUGACGCCAAAACAAUAUCUGUGCAGCAAUGGAACUCUUACACUGGUAUUCUUGGUUUCCCAUCGGCCCCGACGGUGGACGGUAUAUUUUUACCGAAGGACCCUGAUACUAUGAUGAAAGAGGGACAUUUUCAUAAUACAGAAGUGCUGCUUGGAAGCAACCAAGAUGAAGGAACGUAUUUUCUGCUUUACGACUUCCUCGACUACUUCGAAAAAGAUGGUCCGAGUUUUCUACAAAGAGAGAAGUUUCUGGAAAUAAUAGACACGAUAUUCAAGGAAUUUUCCAAAAUCAAACGGGAGGCUAUUGUCUUUCAGUACACGGACUGGGAAGAGAUCACUGAUGGGUACUUGAAUCAGAAGAUGAUUGCGGAUGUCGUCGGCGACUACUUCUUCGUUUGUCCUACAAACUACUUCGCUGAGGUGUUGGCGGAUUCCGGAGUCGACGUGUAUUAUUACUAUUUUACACAUCGUACAAGCACGAGCCUCUGGGGUGAAUGGAUGGGCGUGAUGCAUGGCGACGAAAUGGAGUACGUCUUCGGACACCCUCUCAACAUGUCCCUUCAGUACCACACCCGGGAACGAGAUCUGGCCGCUCAUAUCAUGCAGUCUUUCACACGAUUCGCUUUAACCGGGAAACCGCACAAGCCCGACGAGAAAUGGCCGUUGUACUCGCGGUCGUCGCCCCACUACUAUACGUAUACAGCUGACGGUCCAAGCGGGCCGGCCGGACCACGCGGACCCCGAGCCUCCGCCUGCGCUUUCUGGAACGACUUCCUGAACAAGCUUAAUGAAUUGGAACAUGUUCCAUGUGAUGGUGCCGUAACCGGGCCCUAUUCAAGCGUCGCUGGUACCACGUUACCCAUCAUCCUGCUCACUGCUCUGGCGACAACGGUGGCUCUAUAAAUUAAUCUAUCACAGAUCGCACGUUAAUUUAAAACGUUAUUUAAAAGCAAACAUUGGAGAUCACAUAAUAUCGCUUAGAUUUAAGUUACUUCUAACGCAUCAAAACAAUUGACAUUCUUAAAACAAUUUGCAGAAUUAUUUAACUACCUGUAUUGUUAAUUUUAGUUUCCUUCCACGGUCCAGUUGAAACAGGCUAAUAUUUAAUUGUAAGAAAUAAAAAAGAUAAUUUUAUAAUCUCUGUAUUUACUUAUAUAAGAGAAUGGAGUAGCCGCUUAUGUGAUUAGUUUUCACGAUGUUCCUCUACCUAGUAGAUUUGUAGAUCUUUGGAUGUAUGUUUAGUUCUUGGUCAAAUAUUAUUGAGACCGGUUGAGUGUGUGUUAGUUUUAUUAGAAAAAAAAAAAAUGUUUACACAUCGGCUUUAAUUGUUGAAGCGUUGCUCAGCUUUAACAUAACAUUGAAGCUAUCACAGUACAUAUCAAUGUGUGCCUCUGCUUUAAUAGCAAACGAUACAUAUCUAAAUUAGAGCGAAAUUUUAGAAUUUUAUAUUAUAUGUAUAGAAGUGUGUACGAUGUGAGACGAAUUUUUAACAAUAUAUUUACUAUUUAGGACGCUAUCGGCUCGUACCACUUGAGUAUCUUAUGAAAUCCAAUUCUUAUGACUUCAUACAAAUAAUACUAUAUUUUGUAAAUAACCCUUCUUACAUUUAGGACGCGAUAUCCCGAUAAACUUUUAAAUAUUAUAAAACUUUUCUAUGUACCAAUGGGACGUAUAUAUAGUACCUUAGUAAUCGUUAACACUAAACUAAAUCACGUGGUAAAUGGAUAUCAAAAUAAUAACGUAAAACGGCAAUGCUGUGCAAAUUAGUAUAUGUAGUAACAGAGAUGGAUAAGAAUCUAAUUGUAUCUUAUCGUGGUAUUGUUUAUAAAUAUAAAACAUUUAUAUUCCCAACAAUAUUAUGUAUAGAAUAUUAUGUAUACCUUUUUAUUAAAUUUCAACUUUUUUUUUUAUACAUAAACUAAUAAUGGCAUUGAACGUAUUUUUCCGUCAAAGUGACGUAAACAGCAUGACAAUGCUUUAAAAUGAAAUCAUCUUAUGAAUUUAAUAAAAUUUUAAACAUGGUAUUUGUAAAAUGAAAAA